UUGACAGCUAGAAUUGAGUUUAAUUGUUUAUAAAUUAAUUGAUUAUUAUUCAAAUAUGUGUAUAUAGGUAAUUACAGAUGGAAUAUGUUCAAUUGUUGUACAGUGAAAAUUUGUUUACCGGAAAAUAAAAGAAAAUUUGAAAAUAACCCUCUGAAAUAAAACAGAUUUAAAAAAAAAAAUGAUAGGCAACGCUGUUGGGUUGAGAAAGUGAAGCUGCGAGGUCAAAUAAAAAUUGUUUCGUAGUUUAUGACAAGCGUUCUUUAACAAAAAGGUAAAUGUCAAAAUUGAUUAUUAAAUAAGUGAAAUAAAUCAAAACGGUGUAACAGUGUAACUAUCAAAACGGAAUUCAUUGAUAAUUACACUGGAGACUGAUCGUAAUAAUAUGGCAAGUCCAUCGCCAUCGUCAUCUCCCAUGCCACCACCGCAAGCUCCGAGUCCAAUGGGCCCGCCACAAGCUCCGUCGCCGUCAAACCCACAGGGAAGUCCGAUGGGACCUCCGCAACAUCAUCCUCACAGUCCGACUCAAGGAUAUCCUGGUGGUCCUCCUCCACCUCCUGGCCCGGGACCUGGACCUGGUGGACCGCCUAUGUCGCAACCGCCUCAACCGCCGUCUCAGCAGCAAAAUUAUCCACCGCAUCCGCAUCAAAUGCCUCCUAACAUGGGACCCCAGGGUCCUAUGGAACCUCCACCUGGGUCUCAGGGUCCUGGAGGACCAAUGAUGCAAGGACAGAUGUCAGGACCACCAAAUUCAGGUCAUAUAGGGCCAAAUCAAAUGGGUGGUCCGCGUGGGCCAUCCCAUAUGGGUCCUGGACCUAAUCAAAUGGGACCUGGAGGUUUGAAUCAAAUGGAUUCAGAAGGUGGGCCAGGUCCAAUGUUUCCAGGUGGUUCUCGGGCCAUGGGACCCGGAGGACCGAACCAGAUGGGACCUGGGCCAAAUCAAAUGGGGCCUGGAGGACCUAAUCAGAUGGGCCCAGGAGGCCCAAAUCAAAUGGGACCGGGAGGACAGAUGGGUCCAGGUCACAUGGGUCAGCCAGGAGGUCCACCAGGUCCGUUACACAUGCAAGGAGGACCUGGAGGGCAGAUGGGUCCAGGAGGUCCGAAUAAUCACAUGCCCAGUGGGCCAGGGCAUAUGUCAGGACCUCCACCUCCAGGACAUAUGAACUCAGGACCAGGCCACAUGGGAUCUGGGCCUGGACCGAUGCCACCAGGUCCAGGACACAUGAACCCAUCAAUGCCUGGUGGUCCGCCGGGUCCUAUGCCUGGUGGUCCAUCGAUGGGUCCAGGUGGUCCACCCAAUAUGUGUCCGCCAAAUCAAGGUCACGGUGCUAAUGGACACUCUCAGAUGAAUAUGAGUGGUCCAGGAAGUCAAAUGAAUAUGAGACCUGGUGGUCCAAGUGUUCUUAUGAAUAUGGGAGGUCCCAAUGCUUCUGGACCAGGUCCAGCUGGGCCAAUGGGUCCUAAUUCUGGACCUGGAAACCAAAUGGGACCUGGCGGACCGAUGAUGCCUGGGUCGGGACCCAAUCAGAUGCCUCCAGGUGGACCUGCGAGUCAAAUGGGACCUGGAGGACCCUCACCGAUGAGCGCUAACAAUUCUGGAGGCCCAGGUGGACCUGGUGGACCGCCAGGACCUCCAGGAAUAGGUCCGAUGCCGCCAGGAGCUCAAAAUCAAUCGCUGGGGCCAAUGGGACCUGGAGGACCAGGUAAUUCAAUGCCUCCGGCUCCUGGUGGUCCACCUGGUGGCUCUGGAACUGGACAAGAAAAUCUCAAUGCUCUGCAAAAAGCCAUCGAUUCAAUGGAAGAAAAAGGUCUCCAAGAAGACCCUCGGUACUCACAAUUACUAGGUCUUCGUGCUCGAGGUCAAAGUGGAAUGGGGGACAAGCAAAACUUCAGUUCUCAACAACUCCAACAGCUUCGCGUUCAAAUAAUGGCUUAUCGUUUGCUGGCGCGGAAUCAGCCGCUUUCUCAGCAACUAGCUCUGGCAGUUCAAGGAGCAGCUCCACCACCAGGUAUGAGCCGACCAAUGGAUCCAUCUCAGGGUCCUGGCACUCCUGCUGGUCCUCCAAUUCACGCUGGAAUGCCCAGUAACGUUGGACCAACUCCCAAUGGACCUCCACGACCUGGGUCUCAGCCGUCACAACAACAGCAGCAACAACAGCAGCAGCAACAACAACAGCAACAGCAACAACAACAACAGCAGCAGCAGCAACAACAGCAACAGCAACAACAACAGCAGCAACAGCAACAACAACAGCAUCAACAUCAGCAUCAGCAACACCAACACCAGCAUCAACAACCAGGAAAUAAAAUUAAUAGAGUAACGAGUAUUCCAAAACCUGUUGGUAUUGAUCCUUUACUUAUUUUACAAGAGCGAGAGAAUCGUGUUGCUGCUCGUAUUGCGCUCCGUAUAGAACAACUGAGUAAUUUGCCUACUAAUAUGCCUGAGGAUUUACGAAUUAAAGCUCAAAUAGAGUUAAGAAUGCUACGUGUACUUCAUUUACGACGUCAACUUUGUUCUGAAAUAUUAGCAUCUACUCGUAAGGAUACGACUCUUGAAACAGCGGUUAAUUUCAAAGCUUACAAACGUACAAAACAUCAAGGAUUACGUGAAGCUCGUGCUACUGAAAAUUUGGAAAAACAGCAGAAACUUGAAGCAGAACGCAAACGCCGUCUGAAGCAUCAAGAAUUUUUGACAUCUGUUUUGCAACACAGCAAAGAUUUCAAAGAAUUUCAUCGUAAUAAUGUUGCUAAAUUGUCACGAUUGAACAAAGCAGUGAUGAAUUAUCACGCGAAUGCUGAGCGUGAACAAAAGAAGGAGCAAGAGCGUAUUGAGAAAGAACGUAUGCGUCGUUUGAUGGCUGAAGACGAAGAAGGAUACCGUAAGCUUAUUGAUCAGAAAAAAGACAAACGGUUGGCAUUCUUGUUGUCGCAAACUGAUGAGUAUAUUAGUAAUCUUACUGAAAUGGUCAAGCAGCACAAAAUGGAGCAGAAACGGAAGCAAGUUGAAGAGCAGAAACGCAAGAAGAAGAAGAAAAAGUUGGAGGAUGGUGUUCCGGUUAAUGAAGAUGGUACUCCGGCUGAGGAUACACGGGUUCAUGUUAUUGAAGUAAGCACUGGACGUACAUUGACUGGGGAAGACGCACCGCUGAUGAGUCAAUUAAAUGCUUUUAUGGAGUCUCACCCGGGUUGGGAAGUUAUUGAAUCUGAUAGCGAAGACGAAGAGGAAGAAGAAGAAAAUGUAUCUGAACAAAAAGCUAAAACCGGUGAGUCGGCAGCUGCUUCUGAUAAGACUGGUGACUCUGGUAACAAUGAUACGAAAAAAUUAAAUAAAGCUAAAGUCGAGGAUGAUGAAUAUAAAACUGAAGAGCAGACUUAUUACAGUAUUGCACAUACAGUACAUGAAACUGUUACUGAACAAGCCUCUAUUAUGGUUAAUGGUGUACUCAAGGAGUAUCAAAUAAAAGGUCUCGAGUGGUUGGUUUCAUUGUUUAACAAUAAUCUCAAUGGUAUUUUAGCUGACGAAAUGGGUCUCGGUAAGACAAUACAAACUAUUGCGCUUGUUACUCAUCUUAUGGAGAAGAAGAAGGUCAAUGGACCGUUUUUAAUCAUCGUUCCAUUGUCAACACUAUCUAAUUGGGUUCUUGAGUUCGAAAAGUGGGCUCCGAGUGUCGUUGUUGUUUCCUACAAAGGUUCGCCGGCGGGACGACGCGCGAUACAAUCUCAGAUGCGGUCUACCAAGUUCAAUGUACUGUUGACCACCUAUGAAUAUGUUAUCAAGGACAAAAGCGUGCUGGCUAAGCUACAGUGGAAGUACAUGAUCAUUGAUGAAGGUCACAGAAUGAAGAAUCAUCAUUGUAAAUUAACACAAGUAUUAAAUACACGUUAUAUAGCGCCACAUCGGUUAUUAUUGACCGGUACUCCUUUGCAAAACAAAUUACCUGAGCUUUGGGCGCUCCUGAACUUUUUGCUACCAUCGAUUUUUAAAUCUGUUAGUACGUUUGAGCAAUGGUUCAAUGCACCGUUCGCUACUACCGGAGAAAAAGUGGAGUUGAAUGAAGAAGAAACAAUUCUUAUCAUUCGUCGUCUUCAUAAAGUACUGCGACCUUUCUUGCUGCGACGUUUGAAAAAAGAAGUCGAAUCUCAGUUACCUGACAAAGUUGAGUAUAUUAUCAAGUGUGACAUGUCUGGUUUGCAGAAAGUAUUAUACAAGCAUAUGCAGAGUAAGGGUGUACUGUUGACUGAUGGUUCAGAGAAAGGAAAACAAGGAAAAGGCGGUGCGAAAGCACUCAUGAAUACUAUUGUACAAUUGCGUAAAUUAUGUAAUCAUCCAUUUUUGUUCCGAACAAUUGAAGAAAAAUAUUGUGAACAUAUAGGCGUCCAGGAUUCACAUACAGUAUCAGGUCCAGAUUUAUAUCGAGCAUCGGGUAAGUUUGAGUUGUUAGAUCGUAUAUUACCAAAAUUAAAGGCAACUAACCAUCGAGUAUUGCUGUUUUGUCAAAUGACUCAGUUGAUGACGAUAAUGGAAGACUAUUUAGGCUGGCGUGGUUUUAUGUAUUUACGUUUAGACGGUACAACUAAAGCCGAAGAUCGUGGUGACUUGUUGAAAAAAUUCAACGAUCCUGGCUCACAAUAUUUCUUAUUCUUACUGUCAACUCGUGCUGGAGGUUUGGGUCUAAAUUUACAAGCCGCUGAUACUGUAAUCAUAUUCGAUUCUGACUGGAAUCCUCAUCAAGAUUUGCAAGCCCAGGAUCGUGCUCAUCGUAUUGGCCAAAAGAAUGAAGUAAGAGUACUACGUUUGAUAACUGUUAACUCAGUUGAAGAGAGAAUAUUGGCUGCUGCGCGUUACAAGUUGAAUAUGGAUGAAAAAGUUAUUCAGGCUGGUAUGUUUGACCAGAAAUCAACAGGAAGUGAAAGACAGCAAUUCUUGCAAAGUAUAUUGCAUCAAGAUGACGCUGAUGACGAAGAAGAGAACGAAGUAGCUGAUGAUGAAACUGUUAAUCCCAUGAUCGCUAGAUCUGAAGGUGAAAUUGAGAUCUUUGCAAAGCUAGAUCUUGAAAGACGACGUGAAGAAGCUAAAUUAGGUCCUAAUCGAAAACCUCGAUUACUGGAAGAAAAUGAGUUACCUGACUGGUUGAUUAGAAACGACGAAGAAGUCGAACGCUUGACUUAUGAAGAAGAUGAUGAACGAUAUCUGGGACGUGGUUCUCGACAGCGUAAAGAAAUCGACUACACUGACAAUAAUUUAAUCGGAAAAGAGUGGUUGAAAGCCAUCGACGAUGACGGCGUUGAGUAUGAUGACGAGGAGGAAGACGAUAGGAAGAAGAAAAAAACACGAAAGCGUCGCAAGAGAGGAGAAGAAGAUGAAGAACCAACUCCAAAAAAACGCCGAGGUGGUAGUAGCGGUAAUGGUGCUGGUCCGUCUGUUGAUUCGAAAUUACGUAGGGCUAUGAAGAAAUUACUGAUGGUUGUUGUUAAUUAUACCGACAGCACUGAUGGUAGACUGCUUAGUGAGCCUUUUAUGACAUUACCUUCUCGACGGGAAUUGCCUGACUACUAUGAUGUUAUUAAAAAGCCACUGACGAUUAAUAAGUUGUUAAAGAAUAUCGAUGAAAGCAAGUAUUCAAGUGUUGAUGAACUGGAGAAAGAUUUUAUGCAACUGUGUAAAAAUGCUCAAAUUUACAACGAAGAAGCCUCACCAAUUCACGAAGAUUCGAUUGUUUUAGGAUCUGUUUUUACAAAUGCGAGACAGAGACUCGAAGCUGAGGGUUCUAUGUCUGACGAUGGAAAUAACUCGUCUCCAGGCGAGUGCGAUGAUGGAUCUGACGGCGACUCUAGCGUACGGAUGAAGAUCAAAUUGAAGAGUCGGAAAAGUGAGAGCAGAUCGGGUAGCAGGCGUAAAAGAAUAACGAAGAAGUAUAUUUCUGAUGACGAUGACGAUGCUGAUGAUAAUUAAUUUAAGACACUUUUUUUUAAAUAUAAAGUCUAAUAAUUCAUCGUUAUUAUUAUUAUUAUUAUUAUUAUUAUUAUUAUAAUCAUAACUACGACUCAGUCAGCAAUGAAAAAUUUAUAAUAGAAAAAUUACUUCCUUACAAUUAGCAUCAGCAUUUUUAAAAAAAUUAUUUUUAUGUUUAUAACAAAAUAAGCAGCAAUUUGCAGGUCUGAUAAUUUAUCUUCCAUUUAAUGAAUAGUGUUAGAAAUUUUAACUAUAUUCAAUAAUAACGCAUAAACGACAGUCGGAUCUCACAAGAUUAAAUUUAUAUAAAAAUUUAUAGGACAUUAAUUGAAUUGUGAUUGAAUAGAACUGUACUCAGUUUUUGUUAUCAAUUUAUACGUGUCAUACAUGACAUUGCUUAUUGGCUACUUUGGUUGAAUUUUUAAAAUAUCUUA